AUGCGUCUGUUGGAGUUGUUCAGCGGCACCAAGUCGGUGGGCCGUGCCUUCGAGGCCCUUGGCUGGGAGGUAACGAGUCUUGACGCGGACGCCACGACUCGGCCCAGCAUCUGCGCGGACAUUCGGGAGUGGGACUACCGGACCUACCCGCCCGGGCACUUCGAUUUGAUCUGGGCCUCCCCCGUCUGCACGGAGUUCUCUAGGGCCCUGACCCGACGACCUCGACGGCUAGAGGACGGCGACCGCCUGGUCCUGAAGACCAUCGAGGUCAUCGGGUACCUCCGGCCUCGGUGGUGGGCCGUCGAGAACCCGCGAACCGGGCUGCUGAAGAGUCGGCCCUACAUGCGGGCGCUGCCCUACGACGACGUGUCCUACUGCAGGUACGGCUUUCGCUACCAGAAGACCACCCGCAUUUGGAACAACCUGCCUUGGAUUCCCAGCCAACCGGUCUGCUCCAAGCGCAGCCGCUGCGAAGCCUUCCAAGACGGCCGGCACCCCGAGACCGCUCAGAGGCAGGGCAGCCGGCACUGGCCUGGCCAGACCCGGGACCAGUUGUACUCCCUGCCGCCCCGGCUGUGCCAGGAGAUCGCCGCGACUGUAAAU